AUGUGUGGAUAAGGUAAAAUUUAUUAAAAAAAGCUGAAUUACGCAACGCCACUUUAGAGAGCUUUUAUUUGAUUGCAUGCUAUAAAAAUAGAAAACAUUGAGCCAUAAAUUCAUUGCAGUGGAAGUAUUUCGUCUGGGCCAGAACAGAGCACAGAGGAAUAGAUUAAGUUGUAAGGAAAGGAACGCUAUUGUGUUGAUCAAUUCGGCAUGGCAGGAGGAUUUGUUGCCCCAACAGGGGCUCAAGGCCAGAAUUACAAAGCAAAGAUGACCACUUUCGUUUUGAUUACAUGUAUAGUUUCGGCUACAGGAGGUCUCAUCUUCGGCUAUGAUAUUGGAGUUUCUGGAGGAGUAACAUCUAUGGAUCCUUUCUUGAAGAAGUUUUUUCCAAAAGUUUUCAGAAAAAUGAAAGAAGCCCACCAGAACCAGUACUGUAAAUUUGACAGUCAGUUGCUCACGACUUUCACCUCCUCUUUGUAUAUAGCUGGUUUGAUCGCAUCGUUUUUUGCUUCGGCUGUUACAAGAAUGUUUGGACGGAAGCCGUCUAUGCUUUUUGGGGGAGUUUCUUUCUUAAUUGGAGCCGCCAUUAAUGGUGCCGCAAAAGAUGUGGCCAUGCUUAUCAUCGGUCGCAUCUUGCUGGGUGUUGGAGUCGGCUUUGCUAAUCAGGCCGUUCCCCUGUAUCUGUCUGAAAUGGCGCCUCCAAGACUGAGAGGAGGGCUGAACAUGUGCUUCCAGUUGAUGGUUACGAUCGGUAUACUCGCAGCCAAUUUGAUAAAUUACGGCACACAGAAGAUCCAUGGUGGAUGGGGUUGGCGGGUAUCUUUGGCUCUGGCGGCAGUUCCUGCAGGUAUAAUGACAGUGGGGGCAUUGGGUUUGCCAGACACCCCUAAUAGUAUGAUCGAAAGAGGGCAUCAUGACAAGGCCAGAAACAUGUUACAGAAGAUCCGAGGAACCCACGAGAUUGAAGCUGAAUAUAAUGACUUGGUGGAGGCCAGCGAAGCUUCUAAGGCCGUGAAACAUCCAUUCAGGAAUAUAUUGCAGAGGCAAUACAGGCCUCAUCUGGUCAUGGCCAUAGCCAUUCCCUUUUUCCAACAGCUCACAGGGAUUAAUGUUAUCAUGUUUUAUGCCCCUGUUCUCUUUAAAACCAUCGGCUUCGCUAGCAAUGCUUCUUUGCUUUCUGCUGUCAUAACUGGUCUUGUCAAUGUGCUUGCUACCUUAGUUUCCAUUUUUAGCGUUGACAAGGUUGGGAGGAAAUUUCUAUUCAUGGAGGGAGGAGUUCAGAUGUUUAUUUCUCAGAUUAUCAUUGCAAUCAUUCUUGGAAAGGAAUUUGGAUCCAAUGGGGAAGGAAGCCUCGGCAAGGGAAUUGCCAUAGUUGUGGUGAUUUUGAUAUGUAUUUAUGUUGCAGCUUUUGCAUGGUCAUGGGGGCCUCUUGGAUGGUUGGUUCCAAGUGAAAUCUUUCCCUUGGAAAUCCGAUCUGCAGGGCAGAGUAUCAAUGUCUCUGUGAACCUGCUCUUCACCUUUGUCAUUGCCCAAGCCUUUUUACCCAUGCUCUGCCAUUUCAAGUUUGGAUUGUUCCUUUUCUUUGCUGGAUGGGUUCUGGUGAUGAGUGCUUUCGUUCACUUUUUGCUGCCAGAGACCAAGGGUAUACCAAUCGAAGAGAUGCCCCUUGCAUGGAAGUCACACUGGUACUGGGGGAGAUUCAUCCCUGAGGAUUACAGACCCGAUGUAGAGCUCCCUAAAGCCACCAAGGCUUAAUCUAAUGUCUUCUGCUACUUGCUUCUUUUGAAUACUAUAUAAAAUAGUUCUGCACAAGAUGGUGCCCCGUCUUCUUUGGUUAUUCAGAUUAUUUGUAAAGAAGCAUUUAUUUAAAUGUAGUUAUCUUUAUGCCAGUGAAAA